UGCAAAACAGUGACUGCCCUGCCAAGAUAUAGAUUUAGUUCUCUAAAUGCCCCAAGAUUUGGUAGCCUGAUAUCAUCACAACCUCUAUACACAUAGAAUGUCUAUAUUUGUGUGUAUAUAAUCUCAGAUAAAAGGGUGCACUCCACUUAGUCAGAUUUAAUGUUAAUAAAAUGCUAAUUUGUUCUUUUUUGUAUGCACUUGUUUCUUCUUUUCUUGAUAAAUUAUUAUUUUAAACUGCUUGAAUAAUUUCAACAUAAAGGUAGCACAUGGUGUCAUGUUGAGAACAUGCAAAGAGACUAAAGAGGGUAAAAUCCUUGAAAUUCAUGUUCUAAAAAAGGAUAGCUUAAUGCAUAAAACAUCCUGCCAGGUGAGGGUUUCAUGCAAUUGCACAUACAUACACAAGAGAAAAUAAUCUAUGUUUUUUAUUAGGUUUUAAGAACUUUACUAUCUAGCAUAGUGGAAAUGCUUUUGUUUGUUUGGCUAAUUGAGCAAAUCAUUGCAGGGUACAAACUUAAAAGAUAAAGAGACUUGUGGUGAACAAGAUUGUUAGAGGAUGACACCUUUUCUGGUCACUUGAGAAGCUUCUUUAGUACGGUGUAGGAUUCAUUUAUGUAUCUAUUUGGUCAGUCAUAUGUGUCCUCUGUCGGUACUAUGUCACUGUUAGUUGCAAAGUAUGUUUUGUGCCAUCAAAGGUAUCUCGUAAAAAGCGAGUGAUUAUUGGGAUUCUUCAUGUGUCUGCCCAGCAUUGAUCCUCACAAUCUUGUUGGAACUUGGUGUUGAGACAUGUAUUAGGCAUAAUCUACUCGGCACAUCAGGAAUGUUAUGUUGUUUGGUGCAUGGGUUAUCAUACCCUAUAUGAAUGGUACCGAUCAGCCGAGAGUGAGCAUUUCCCAGAUCCUACUGGUCUUAAAGAACGUUUAGAGCGAUGGACAUUUGGCCUUUAUCCAGCCUGCAUCAAGUAUCUCAUGUCUGCAUUUGAUGUGUCUGAGGUAAUAGCGGUGACGAGGAACAACAUAUGCAAGAAUGGGAUGGAAUCACUGUCGCGUGGGAUUGCUGCAAUAUAUUAUGCGUUUGUGUGUGAAAGAGGUGUUUGAAGUACAACUAAGUUUAGUUAUCACAUUCAUGCAAUUUAAUUUUUUUUAAUACUAGGUUCAUUGCAACCAAUUACUAGGUCGAUCUAGAAGAGCGAGACUUUCAUGAAGUUGAUAAAGGUUAUUGAUAUGAAUCAGUUACUACAUUGGGGAUGACAUGUAUGAGACAAUGAUUGAAUUUGCAAGGCAUUUCAUGAAGUAUCAUGCAACUUGAACAAUUCAAGUAUGAUAUGGGAACAAAUGACUAAUUUAGUUGGCU